GCAUGCGAUACUCCGCGGCCAUCGUUGCUAACCUUGCAGGUGUAUGUAACAGUCAUACCUCCAUGUUAUCGGUCCUUGUACAGGCUAUUCAGGCAACAGAGAUCUCGUUCGCCCUUACAUCGUUGAAGGACUGCGGUGCCAGCGUUUCAUUGCAUUACACCAUCUGCUACAACUUUGAGAUUACACAGGCCUUGCGUGGUUUACAAGAGAAUGUCAAGUCUUGAGAUAAGGAUAUCAUGCGAUGGUGUAUCUAUCAGUGAGCCGUCAUCGAAUCUCGCAGUCAGCCAUCCGG